AGGUGGAGCAUGAGAAAAAGCUGCCUGAGGAGGCACGCGCAGACAACGGGGAGUAACCGGGUAGUUGAGUGACCGUUAUUUGCCAGCUGUAGGUUGACAGAGUAGGACAGUAGCUGUAAAGUAUACAGUUAUAGUAGGGCGCGUUUCCUCUCUUUGUCGCCUUAGUUGCUUCGGACUCCUGUCUCUUAGCCCUUAGCAUAUACCACGUUACGAGCGGUGUCUUGUAGCCCGCGCGAGCGCCGAAUCUGAGCAGUCGCUACCCGUCACUGCCUCUAUCCGCCUGUCAACUGCAGCAAGAUGGUGGACCGCGAGCAACUAGUGCAGAAAGCCCGACUGGCCGAGCAAGCCGAGAGAUACGACGAUAUGGCGGCUGCUAUGAAAGCCGUGACGGAGCUGAAUGAAGCACUUUCUAACGAAGAAAGAAAUCUGCUCUCUGUUGCCUACAAAAAUGUGGUUGGAGCACGUCGUUCGUCUUGGAGGGUGAUAAGCAGCAUUGAGCAGAAGACUUCUGCUGAUGGCAAUGAAAAAAAGAUUGAAAUGGUGAGAGCUUAUCGUGAAAAGAUUGAAAAAGAAUUGGAAGCAGUAUGCCAAGAUGUGCUCAACCUCCUUGAUAACUUUCUCAUUAAGAAUUGCAGUGAAACGCAAUAUGAAAGCAAAGUCUUCUAUUUGAAGAUGAAAGGCGAUUAUUACCGAUAUCUUGCAGAAGUGGCCACUGGUGAGAAGAGAGCAACUGUUGUGGAGUCUUCAGAAAAAGCUUAUAGUGAGGCUCAUGAGAUUAGCAAAGAGCAUAUGCAGCCAACUCAUCCUAUCAGGCUGGGUCUGGCGCUCAACUAUUCUGUGUUCUACUAUGAGAUCCAAAAUGCUCCAGAGCAGGCUUGUCAUUUGGCCAAAACUGCUUUUGAUGAUGCUAUUGCUGAGCUGGAUACCCUGAAUGAGGACUCCUACAAAGACUCAACUCUCAUCAUGCAACUUCUUCGUGACAACCUAACACUCUGGACAAGUGAUCAACAGGAUGACGAUGGUGGAGAAGGCAACAAUUAAGACAUCUUGAUGGACUGGCAGCCGCACGCUGAUGCUACUACCGCAGUCUUUAUUUUUUUCCCACAAGUGGGGGGUUGAGGGUGGGGGAGGGUAAGAAAGGGACAACCUCCCCAGGGAAGACCCUGCCACCCGUCUUUGAUUGCCUCUUCGACAUUUUGCCAAAACACCAUGAGUGGAAAGUUAGACUGGCUGUGCUGGUAUGGAAUGGCAGCCUCACACUGGCACAUGGACUGUUCUGUAGUUAAUACAAGUGGAGCUGUUUUUAAUUUUAAUUUAUCGCUAGAAUAUUUAGAAAGAGUUUAAGAGUAGGAAUAACUUGAAUGGAAUGGCUUUUUUUUCUUCUAAUAGUUUUGUGGUUCCAGUAAGUUAUUUUAUAUUUAUAUUUUUUAGCUGUGUGCACGUCUUGGCCCUCAUAUUUAUCUAGUUCAUAUGUUGUGUACUUCGUGCACUGCAUCUCUUACAUGUCUUACAUUUAAUUAGUUAAAACUGACAGUAUUCACUAAAAGUAUUUUCUACUUUAAUGGA